UAUGAAGUGUGUUGGUGAUGACACCAAGAAAAAGAAGGUUGCCGGUUAUAUUCUCGGUCGAAUUCUAGGAGAAGGUAAUUUCGCUAAAGUUCGACUUGGUACUCACGUUCUAACAAAGGAGAGAGUUGCUGUUAAAGUAAUCAGUAAAAGCGAAGCUAGUAAAAAGGAAUAUAUUAAAAGGAAUAUGCGAAGAGAAGCAGUAGUCUUACAAAAGCUCAAUCAUCCUAAUAUUAUAAGGCAGUUCGAAGUUUUAGAAACGGACAAUCAUUACUAUCUGGUCUUGGAAUUAGCGGAAGGAGGAGAAUUUAUAAAGUAUUUGACAAAAAGAAAACGGUUUGAUGAAGAGGAGGCUAAAUUAUAUCUAAAGCAAAUAGUAUCGGCACUGUCCCACAUGCAUAAAUCAGGUGUGAUACAUCGUGAUCUAAAACUAGAGAAUUUACUAUUAGAUUCUAAAGGAAAAAUCAAGAUUAUAGACUUUGGACUAAGUAACAUCUAUGAUCAAGGUCAAAUGCUUAACACUCAAUGCGGUUCUCCUGCAUACGUUGCUCCAGAAGUAUUUAUUAAAAAACCGUAUGGACCAUCCGUAGACGUCUGGAGCCUCGGUAUAAUUCUCUAUACGUUUUGUGUUGGAUCACUGCCCUUCUCAGUUUAUCCAUCAACAGAUUUGAAAAGAUUAUAUAGUCUAAUAAUGAAAGGUCCCACCAUACCUGAUUAUCUCAGCUCAGACUGUUGCGAUUUAAUAAGACAGCUGCUUGAUCCGAAUCCUUCUACUCGACUUACUAUAGAUCAGAUUGAAAAUCAUAUUUGGCUAAAUUCUGUCCCAGAGUCUCUCUUGAAUGUCAAACAAGAGCAAGAAAUUGAUCAUUCUAUCAUAAAUUUUCUUGUCACACGAUUUGGGGUUUCCGAAGAGGAAUUGUGCGCUUCGAUUCUAAAUCGAAAAAUAAAUUCUAUGACAGCAACAUAUUACCUUCUUCAAAUAAGGUUAAGUAGAGGAUUAGAAUUUCCGGAUCUCCCCGGUAUCCAAUCUACGAAACCAGUUAAUGAUCUCUUACCUCGCGGUAUACUUAGAGUAAAUAAUGAAAGUUCAAACAAUCAGAAGACUGUAUCCUUUAACCGUUUCGAAAAAGUUGAAGAGGCUGAAAUUUCAGGGAAAUUCCUUCUAAAUAAAUUGUCAGAGGACGGCUUUGUCCGAAAUAAGAAACAAUAUUGGAACUCUAAAAGUGAACGUUUAACUUUCGAAGUUCCUAAGUUUGUUACAAGUAUGCCCAUAACGAAUAAGAAAAGAUCGCCCCCGCCUGUUCCUCCAAAUUCCGCUAUGGGAAUUCGGUCGGAUUAUAAAGUGGCUCUCGAAGAGGCCAGAGCCCAUUUAAGCGAUGAAAAACAAUUAAAUGACUAUGAAGAAAUCAAACCGUCGUAUUCUUCUGCUUCUAUUAGAUCUCCUCUCUUGGGUAGGAGAUCAAAAACUAUGCCCGAAAUGCGUGUGAGAAAACUAGGAGUAUUACGUAACAAUACCGUUCAGAUAUCAGAUAUUCGAGCAAAAUGCGGUUUUCAAAACCGCAAAGGAGGUUGGUCAGACCGUAUGAAAAUGGAAGAAAGUUUUAAAAGUCGAUUUUAA